UUAACCGAGUGAGUCGCAUUCUGUCAAGUGUCAAGUAUAGUUGCAAAACUUGCUCAGUAUGGAACUGGGAACGUUCGUUAAACUGUUUGCCUUUAGAGGAGUUUUUCCGAAAAUAGAUGCUACUUUCUCUGUCCUACUGCAAGAAUGCUGAAAUUUGGUCUUGAUGGAUGGGACUAUGACGUCACAGAAGCCAAGCCCUGUACUUAUUUGAAGAUGGAGGAACUGGCUCUGUUGGACUUGCUACAAUGUCCCCAGUGUUUUGAGCGACUGGAUAUUUCAGCAAAGGUCUUACCGUGCCAGCACACCUUUUGUAAGCCUUGCCUGUGGCGCAGUGAGACCUCCAAGUCUGAGGGCCAGAUCCUGACCCAUUGCCCAGAGUGUCGUACCCCUGUACAAGCUAGGUCAGUGGAGGAGCUACCACCUAACCUCCUUCUGGUUCGGCUCCUGGAGGGGCUCAGUCAGGGAUCAAUGGGGCCAGAGAGAGAUGGACACAAGGACAGAAGCAGGGACAGAAAGUAUUCUCGAUACAUGGUGCCUUCUGUCGGGAAGAAUGGUCUGCCCAGGGAGAUCCAGCAGCUGAGUUCAUACCAGUCUACCCAGAGCAGGGAGAUGCAGCCUGGGCAGAAUGAGCAGACUCAGUCUCAACCCAGAUCCCAGUACCAGAUGGAGCCAGAAUCCCAGGCUCAGCCAGUGGCCCUCUGCAGAGCACUGUUUGAUUUUGACUCGAAAGAGAUGGAUGUGGAUCUCGGGGAGUCGAAGGACUGUCUCACCUUCCUGAAGGGAGACCUCCUUACGGUCACCAGGCGAGUGGAUGAAAACUGGAUUGAAGGAAAGCUGGGGGACAAAGUUGGUAUCUUCCCUCUCAAGUUUACUGAGCCCAACACAGCAGCUACAGCCAAGCUCCUGGAAGGGAGGACCAGACAGGGGAGUAACUCCUCGGCUGAAUCUCAGAUUGGGAGUGGGCUUAGCAAUCUCGCUCCCGGUGACAUACCCAACCCCAACGGAACUGCCCACUCCGGAGAGCCCCAGAGCCCCACGAGGAACCCCAAUAUUGCUGCUUUCAACCUCCCGGUCAACAUCCCGGGGAAAUCGCAAGCUAGCCUCAGCAGCGCCUUGUACCAGAGGAACCAGACGCAGUCUUCUUAUAGCACCGGCCUGUACAAAUCGAACCAGGCACAGCAACCCGCUCACAUCGCCGCGGCGUUCCAGUCGACCGCGGGUCAGGGUCAGCUAUCCGGCGUCAGUUCCCUCAACAGCUUGAACCGCCAGCAGGGGCAUCAGGGCCACCGCAGCCUGCCGAACCACCCCCGGGUCCCCCCCGCGCCACUCGGCUCCACCCACCCCUCGGCCGUGACCUCGCAACGGGUGAAGAGGAGCUCGGAGAGCGCCGCCAGACGCCAGUCACAGCACGUGAGUACGCAGGGUGAGAGGAAGAUGAGUAGUGGUGAAGCCCCUCCCACCAUCACCAUGGCUCUGAUCAACCCCCAGAACCCAUCAGGCUCCACUGACUCAAAGCAGUCCUCCACACAGCAGCUCUCCAUCAGCGUGUGUGCUGCACUGUACUCCUACAAGCCCCGUCGCUCUGAGGAGCUGGAGCUGAGGAAGGGGGAGAUGGUUGGGGUGUACGGGAAGUUUAAGGAGGGCUGGCUCCGAGGCCUGUCUCUUCGGACGGGUAAAGUCGGCAUCCUGCCCGGCAACUACGUCACACCUGUUCUCAGAACCUCUGCAAGGCUCCUGGAGUCAAAGGCAGUGACGGCGGGCCCUGGUACCAUCCCAGGGAAGAGAACUACAUCUUCCAAGACCCCAGCAAUGGUUCUAGCUCUGGACCGGGUCAACUCAGAUGGAACAGGCUACCCAAUUGGACAACAUGUUCCGCCCGUCUCUAUCGCAACGCAGCCUGUGAGUUCUUCGGGUGGCGCUACGAGACAAUCCCUGCAUGGCGUUGGCUCGAAGGGAUGGGACACAGUGAGAAGGGUUUUCCGUGGUUCACACAGAGGCUCAUCUCACCGGGGAAAACAGUAUUCCCACACAAUAUCCUCAAGCUCAGCGCUUCAGACCCACAGUCAGAACUCAUCCCAGCGUGGUAACCACUACCCUCCCACCACCAAUGCCACGUCAGGCCUUCAGCCCCACACCCAGAGCCAAAACUUUAGCCACAUUCAGGCCCCUGGCUACUCCCCAGCUCUGCUAAGGAGGAAACAACACAUGAGCAUCCUUCCAAAUCACAACAGAUCUCUGGCCUGGAUGUCUGAGGGGCCGCCGCCAUCUAGUGGUGGCUUUAUGAAGGACAGGGACACUGCUGCCAAAGAGGCGUUUGAUAAGCAGGUGUUGGAGACUAAGCAAGCAGCUUUGAAUGGGAAUGGCCCGAACACUAUACACUCCAUCCUGGUGAAGCCAGAUGCCCAUAAAAACAGCACGGAGAAGCCCGCCAAGUCAGUAAGGUUUGUCACCCAGCCUGAUUCUCCACCACCACGACCCAGGACCACUUCCCUCCCUUCGGGUAGCCAGCCCCCCUCCAGUACUCGCCCCGGCCCCCUCCCCUUGGAGGUGUGGGCUCCAUCACUCACCCUGGGGCGAGAUGGGCCAGGGAUCAUACUGAAAGAAGGCAAGGCUCCUGUUCUUAGGAAAGGUCUGGAGACAUACCCUUCAGUCUCAGAUAGUCUGACUUCCAAUCAGAAAACGACAACAACAUCAUCAUCAUCCUCCUCAUCAGUGCCAUCUGCAUCUGUACAGUCCAACAGCCCGAGCAGACACCGAGUAGCGACAGCAUACCAGGCCCAAGCCGAGUCAGAGAUGAGCCUGAAGCAGGGUGAACCUGUCCUGCUUCACAGGCACCGGCCCGAUGGAAGAGUUCUUCUCACCCAGGAGAGUAGUGGCCACACUGGCCUCUUCCAUAGUAGUGUUCUACAGUACCUAGAUAGGUUCAGCUGACCACUUCAAUUGAUGAAAUAGGUAUUAUAUUAUUGUGUCUCCACAGAAAUAGAUUGACUAGAAUGGGAAGAACUCCUUCAACCACGGCAAUUUCAUAGCACACAUUCAUGGGUACACUCUAUAUGGCCCAAGGUCCCCCUGCCCAUUUGACUUCAAAUGCCAUUUCUAGCAAUUCCAUUUCACUGGAUCUCUAUGGGUAUGGUACCAUGCACACAAUAAUGCAAACAUUGUGAUUCAUCAGAUUAGUAUAACAAUUAGAUUUUAACGUUCACAUGUUUUCAGAGUAUAACAUUUUUGGUAAUAACCUAAUUUGCAUGGGCAUAUCUGAAACCAAGCUACCUGAUGGUACUUGAAGAUAAAUGCGCAAAAUCGGCACUCAAAAUACAAAAUAUUAAUGUUUUAAUCUAAUAGGAUUUUGUGUUCGGACAUACAAAGAUUGUAUGUGAACUAUUUUGAAGAUGCGUUCUUUAAAUUACUCUGAAAUAAUUUCACUUAAGAUGGAGGCUUGCUCUGCUGUUGUUGGCACAUGUGCGGAUAAUAUGCAUGCCUGGAUUAAGCUGUUUACAUUGAAAUAAUUUGAAGGUUUGCUUUGAAAACCAGGUGUUUUAUUUGGCAUGGGGUUACGUCUUUUAUGAUGUAACUCUGUUUUAAGAUAAGCACAGUGAGGUGUUCACAUAACUAAUGACAUAUUCAGUCCACUGCCAUAAUCAGUCAAUAAUAUACAAUUAUUAGUGUGCAUGUAAUUGCUCUCUGUGUGUUGACACUGCCAAAUUAGAUGCCCAAUCUGUGGAUGUUUGUGUGUGUGUGUGUGUGUGCGUAUGUAUUUUCACUUUGUGUUAAAAUAAAUUAUACUGCCAUUUAAAGACCAAAUAAAUAGGAUAUUUUUUGCUCUUGAGAUUCCUUUGAUCUGUUUUAAACUGUAGAAAUAUAACUUAAAGUUUCUGAGGUACAGUAUAUUUUCAUGUAUUUUGAUGUGCCCAAGCAUGAGUGUACAUACUGUAUAGCCUACUCUAUGAUUAUUACAAAUAUAUGCCACACAAUCCCACCCCUGACCAAUGUUUUAUACAUAGAAUGAGUGUCCCUUAAUUCAAGAGCUGUAAGACACAAUAGACAGUGCCUUUAUCAAGCCCAAAAAGUCUAGAUUAAAAAUAUUAACAACCGGUGUAGCUGAAGCUAGAUUUAUGCAAACAUGAUCAUUAAUUGGUAAUAAACCAUGCUGAAGUCAACUAUGGCAUACAUUUGUUCCAUUCUUAAUCUGCUGUUGCUAAUGAACAUUUUACACCGGUGGUAUGUGUUCUGUCCUGCACUAUAAAGACUUAUCUGAGAACAUGUACCCACUCCGUAUGACCUGUAAGGUAUUGUACUGCAGCUCUUUGUGAGUGCUGAAAAUAAAACAUUAAUGACACAUU